CUGCCUGCAGAGCUCACAGGAGAGAAGGCUGUGGGGACUUCAACUUCACUCUGCGCAGCUACUUUCCUCCAUGAAGAGGAGGGUGAAAUCCUCCUUCCAGAACAGAAUCUAUGAGUUGAAACUUACUUCGAUGUCAUCAUGAAAUUCCUUCUCCUCUGGACUUUCUUAAGCCUGCCUGCUGCCUUUGCCUUUGAUCCAGACACCAUUGGUGAUACCCAACCUCCCUACCUGGUCUACUUGAAAUCUGAUUACCUGCCCUGUACAGGAGUCCUGAUUCACCCCCUCUGGGUGCUUACAGCUGCACACUGCAAUUUACCGAGACUCCAGGUGGUACUGGGGAUCACAAACCCAUCCAACUCCACCGAACGUAAUGUGCAAAUGGUCGGCUAUGAGAAGAUGAUUCAUCACCCACAAUUUUUAGUCUCUUCUAUUGAAUAUGAUCUCAUGUUAAUCAAGCUGAAUAGACUUGUUGAACUCAACAACUAUGUGAAUGUGGUCAACCUGCCCAAAAGUGCUGUCAAGCCAAAAAUGAUAUGUGACGUCUCCACGUGGGCAUACAACUUCUGUGAAAUGGCCAAGGACCCUGACAAUGUGCAGAACGUAGACGUCUCCGUAAUCUCACCGACAGAAUGUCAGAAAACCUAUCCAGCCUACAAAAUCAGAAAUAAUAUGAUCUGCGUGGGCAUCGUGCCAGGAAGGAGGCAGCCUUGCAAGGUGACAUAUUUUCAAUGCCUUAGUUUUCCCAUUUUCUUUCUUGUGUCCCUUCCGCAAAAGAUAAUCAGUUUUCUUUUCUUCUGGCAGGAAAUCUCUGCUGCCCCAGCAGUCUGCAAUGGGGUGCUUCAUGGAAUCCUGUCUUACACAGAUGGGUGCAUUCUGAGGGCUGACGUUGGUAUCUAUAGUAGUAUCUUUCACUACUUGCCUUGGAUUGAAGAAACGAUCAAGAACAACUGAGCUCCCAUGGCAGGAAUUCUGGACUAUGUGAUACAGUCUGUACCCACCUCCAGCCUCGGAAUUAAACGAAGGAACUCCUUGGAUUGCGUCU